AUGUGGUCUGAGGCUUUACUUUUUACUGGCCAAGGUGUGUAUACUAUUUUUCUGCUCGACGUAGCCGGAAUGUGGCAACUUUGUUUAGCGCAGCGGCCAGAAAGUUGCCACUUUCCGGCCGGAGGGCAGAAAAAGAUUUUACUUGUAGCAAACCAAGUAGUAAAUUAUUUGGAAAAAAAUGAGUUGCUUAACAAAUAUCAAUCAGGUUUUAGAAAAUAUCAUAAAGGUGAAUUAACACUUAUAGUAUUAUUUGAUUCAAGUAAAGCAUUUGAUUACGUCGAUCCCAAAGUGAUAUUAAAAAUUUUAUUUGAAUUAGGUUUUUCAAUACUUAAUGCGAUUUGGUUACUAGGGAUAUCCAAGUUUUUUUCUGACUGGGUCAAUGAGCAUGGUUUACUUGUAAAUUUAAAGAAAACGAAAACAAUGAUCAAUGGAACAAAUAGUAAAUUAAAACAAAUUGACUGGAUCUCUCUUCCUCCCAUUAUUAUUGACAAUAAAAAAAAUUUAAAUCAAGACAAGACUUUCCAAAUCUUGUCUUGUCUCGGGUCGAGUGAAGCCCUAGGAUUUUAUCGGUUUUUUUUAUUUUUCUCCGUUUUUUGCAGUUUGACCCCCAAUUUUGACUUCAGAUUCAUGUUCAGCGGUGAAAAAUACGUCGGAAAGUAUAUGUCGCACACCCAGCACCGACCACUUUUUUUUUGUGGACCUGUGAAAUUAUUAGUAACAGCUACCAUUUUACCGUUGAUUGAUUAUUGUUCUGUUGUACUUAUCGAUUCGAAAGCAGAAAAUGAUUUCAAAUUACAGCGUGCUCUAAAUAAUGCAAUAAGAUUAAUCUUUAAUCUUAGACGAGAUGAACAUAUUUCACCGCAUAGACAAGAAUUAAAAUGGCUGUCGGUUAAAUCUAGAAGCAUUUAUUUUCUAGCUACACAUUUUUAUAAAUUGUUAUCUAUUAGUAAGCUCAGUUAUUUAAGAGAAUUAUUAAUAGAAGUAAAUUUCGCAACAUCAUAUCUUGAGUAUUCUUUUUUGGUAUCAGCAAUACGUCUUUGGCAGAAGCUACUAGUAAAUGUAUUAGAUGCGAGUUCCCUAGAGAAGUAA